AGAACACUGCAUCAUAAAUAACUACUCGUUAUUAUUUGUAGGUCAGGUACAGUCACAAUUUACCCUUGAUACAUUACGGGUUUGAUCCUUUCAAACACCGCCAGAGAUAGAGCACGGCCUCUUUGUUCUCGAAUUGAACGCGAUGGACCCCAAGGCCCAAUAAAUGUCUGUCUUUUUCCUGCCUGUUUUCAUAAAAACGGCGAAAAUGUGAUAAGUGAACCGAGCUCAAUGCUACUAAUAUAUUUUACUUUGAUAUUGAAAUGUUUCGUGAUGACAAUCCUGAAAUAUUUUGAAUUGUAAUGUCUUCAAAUAUGUAUAAUUCUCAUCAGGCUUUCGUUAUAGACAGUUAUUGUUUAGUUAGACACAAUUUUUCCUUUGACAAGAACCGUAGCUAGCUAGCUAGGGUUUAAGUCACUAUACGAUUCAUCUUUAUUAUCGUUUAGCUAAGUGAUAUCUAAUCUGGAUGGCUAUUCACUUUUACACUCGCUGGCAAAUAAUGGUUGGGACGGUUUGCUAGCAAGCCAGGCUCUUUUAGCGAGCUAAUUAAGUUAGCGUCGACGAGUUUUGGUACUCGGCGAACCUCCCCCCGCUUCAUGUUCACAUGAGGUCUCUCAACAACGCAUUUCACUUAGCCAGUUUGCUUGCAUUUAACAGUAACGAACCCCGAGACGAAGGGUCACGCUAAUUAACGUUAGCAGCUCAUUAGACCGGUCCGUGUCCUGUGGCUAUCUUGCUACUGCUGUAGCUAGGCAAGUAGAGUAGCUCAAGCAUAGCACUCAAUGCUGGCUAAAAAUAACCAACUCUUUGUCCCCCAUUCAGCACCCCACCAAAAGUGGUGAGCUCGCCUAUUAGAGCCCGUUCACCUUACGACUUUACAUACAACCAGUUGGGACUUUGUCGCUCUACAUGGUCGAUACAGCCAAGUCAGGACGAUCGGAAGAGGUUGGAGGCACUGUAGUUUGUGAGACGAACUGGCAUGAGGCAUCUCUCUCCGGCUGGGUGUCUUCAAGUCGGGUUACCAAAGUAAACGCAUUCACCUGGUUUUUUGACCGAACAUCAAGCGUCAUCCAUGGCGUUGGCCUGUCACCAGUAGCUUGUUCCCGGCAGGGAAAACGUUAGCUAUUUAACAUUAACAAUACUGUUUAAGGUCACCCCCUUUGUUUUGAUUGUAAACUGUGAAAGAAAUCCUUAAAAGUUAUUCUACCACAGUGGAACAUCAUGUCGGAGGAUAACAACGCGGACAAAUUCAUCAAGGAGACCUCCAUCUUGGAAGAGUACAACAUUAACUGGACACAGAAGCUCGGGGCAGGGAUCAGUGGACCUGUUAGAGUUUGUGUGAAGAAGUCGACUCAGGAACGAUUGGCCCUGAAAAUCCUAAUUGAUCGUCCCAAGGCCCGAAAUGAGGUGCGGCUCCACAUGAUGUGUGCUACACACCCCAACAUUGUGCAAAUUAUGGAGGUGUACGCCAACAGUGUGCAGUUUCCUCACGAAUCCAGUCCAAGAGCGAGGUUACUGAUCGUCAUGGAGAUGAUGGAGGGAGGCGAGCUGUUCCACAGGAUCAGUCAGCACAGACACUUUACAGAGAAGAUGGCUAGCCAGGUCACCAAACAGAUCGGCCAGGCCCUGGAACACUGUCACUCACUGAAUAUUGCACAUCGAGACCUGAAACCAGAGAACCUGCUCUUCAAGGAUAACUCCCUGGAUGCACCGGUGAAGUUGUGCGAUUUUGGAUUUGCAAAGAUUGACCAGGGGGACUUGAUGACCCCACAGUUCACUCCUUACUACGUUGCACCUCAGGUACUUGAGGCUCAAAGGCGACACCAGAAGGAAAAGUCUGGAAUAAUACCUACCUCACCCACCCCUUACACCUAUAACAAGAGCUGUGACCUGUGGUCCAUUGGGGUGAUCAUCUAUGUGAUGCUGUGUGGCUACCCUCCCUUCUACUCCAAGCACCACAGCCGCACCAUCCCCAAGGAUAUGCGCAAAAAGAUCAUGACGGCCAGCUUUGACUUCCCCGAGGACGAGUGGAGCCAGAUCUCUGAAAUGGCCAAGGACAUUGUCCGCAAGUUGCUGAAGGUGAAGCCUGAGGAGAGGCUGACCAUUGAGGGUGUACUGGAACACCCCUGGCUCAACUGCACAGAGGCCCUGGACAACGUGCUGCCCUCCGCACAGAUGAUGAUGGACAAGGCAAUGGUAGCAGGGAUCCAGCAGGCCCAUGCUGAACAGCUGGCUAACAUGAGAAUACAGGACCUCAACAUCAGCCUCAAGCCACUCAACUCAGUCAAUAACCCCAUCCUGAGGAAGAGGAAACUCCUAGGCAAGCAGAGGGAUGGCUUCUUCAUCCACGAUCCAGAGAACGGCGGCGAGGACGCCAAUGUGGCCCUGGAGAAACUCAGAGACGUCAUCGCUCAGUGUAUCCUCCCACAGGCUGGGGAGAAUGAGGACGAGAAACUGAAUGAGGUGAUGCAUGAUGCGUGGUGUUUCAACCGAGACUGCAAACUACUGCGAGACGGGCUGCAGGGCCUCAGCUGGGAUGGACGGGCCUUCUCUGACAAAGUGGAUCGCUUGAAGUUGGCUGAAGUAGUGAAACUGGCCAUAGAGGAAAAGACACAUUUACAAGACUCUCAGUAGCAUUUAUUUAUAUCUCCUUUUGUAUUGUUUAUUCUAACUUUUUUUUUAAGCCAAUGACUGUAGAGGCAUUUUUAUGUAAAUUAACACGCUAAAACUAGGAUUUUUUAAAAGAACUCACUUGCAAGACUAUUGUACUGUAGAUAUAUUGAAAAGAGGCCUUGUUGGCACUAUAUAUUUUUUUUAUGAACAACUGCAAAGAAUAAAAAAAUCCUUAUAUUUUCGUAAAAAAGAAGAGGAAAAUCACAAAAAUAUUAUUUUCUGUUAUUAUUUCCAAUUUUUACAAGCUGCUUGUCCUGGAUGUCCAUGGUGAUGUUUUAAUCUCACUCGUUUUUAUUUCAUUUGAUUCUUAUUCCUUUACCUUUUUAACAAUGCUACAAAUUGUAUUUAUUUCACAAAGAAACCCUUAUUUUUGAUCA